AGUAAAUCCGCGGAGAUUGAUAGUGAAGGUUGAGAAAUACUGAUCUUAUUCAAAUCCCUUAAGUUAAUACUGUAAUAAGGAGACCAUCUUUGAAACAAUUACGAAAGUCGUGAAUGUACAAGCAUUAGCACCCCUGAAGAAACAACUGAGCAUCAAGUUUUGAAUCAGAAGGACAAAGAUGGCUACAUUUGAAGAUUAUGAUGUAAUAACCCAGAAGGACUUGGAGGGUCUUAAAGAUUGCAUAUCUACCCAGGAUCUCCCAUCAGCAGUAGACACAAUCAAGGAUUACUUUAAACAGCAGGAUCUUGUAGAACUAAACAUUGGUGUGACGGGAGAGUCUGGCUCUGGAAAGUCCACGUUUGUCAACGCGUUCAGGGGUUUAGGAGAUGAAGAAGAGGGCUGUGCUAAAACUGGUGUAGUGGAGACCACUGCAGAACCAGAGGUUUACCUUCACCCAAAAUACAAAAAUGUGAAAGUUUGGGAUCUUCCUGGCAUUGGAUCACCAAACUUUAAAGCUGAUGAGUAUCUUGAACAGGUUGAGUUUAAGCGUUAUGAUUUUUUCAUCAUCAUUGCUUCAGAUCGGUUCAGAGAAUGCCACACUCAGCUGGCCAAAGAGAUCAUGAGGAUGGGGAAAACGUUUUAUUUUGUUCGUUCCAAGAUUGACUUGAGCAUUCAGGCUGAAAAGAGAAAGAAAAACUUUGACCUGAAAAAGACACUGGAGACCAUCCGAGAAGACUGUGAAAAAGGUCUGAGAAAGAUCGGUAUAGAAGAACCUGUUGUGUUUCUGAUCUCUGGAUGGGAGCUCGGAAAGUAUGAUUUAAAUGAUUUGCAGGAGAGGAUGGAGAAGGAGCUUCCACAGCAUAAGAGACGAGUGCUGAUGUUGGCUUUGCCAAAUAUUACACUGGAGAUUAAUGAGAAAAAGAAGAAAGCUCUCGAGGAAGACAUUGGAAAAGUUGCCUUCCUGUCUGCUUGUGUGGCAGCUAUUCCUAUUCCUGGUCUUUCAAUUGCUGUGGAUUUAGCCAUCAUAGCAGUUGAGAUAGAGAAAUACUGCAAUGCCUUUGGUCUUGAUAGGGAGUCUUUGGAGAAGCUCUGUGAAAAAUAUGGGAAGAGAUUAGAGACUGUAGAGGGUAUGAUUAAGUCAGCUUGGUAUAAAGGAAUAUGUACAGGUUCUGUGGUAACCUUACUAAGAGAUGUAUCCUUUCUGAUGACAGAAGAUGCUGUUGAAUCUGUUUUUAGGUUUGUACCCCUUUUAGGUUCUAUAGCUGCAGGAGCAAUGUCCUUUUGGUCUGUGUCAACAGUGCUGAAGAGUGCUCUGAAUGAAAUAGCAGAAGAUGCCAGGAAUGUGCUGAUGAGUUUGCUAGAGACUGAAGUGUAAUCAGACAGAUUUUAAUGUACCAGAUAUUUAAACUGGUUGCCAGGUUUAUAACACUGAAUACUUAAAAGGUAAUUCUUUUAAUGGACAAUUUUAAUGGACAAUUAUGAUAAAUGUGUGUUAUAUUGAUUUUUGCUUUAGAUGAGUGACCUGAGAAAAGCAGUAUUCUAAAUCCAUAUUAAACAAUAAAUACUAAAACAAUACCAAAUAAGAAGACUGAAAAAUAUAUAUAACUGAAUUUAGAAGCUACAUUAAGAACAAUUCUGGCUUUUUUUCUCAAAAUUACUUGAUGUGAAAGUAACAUUAUAUGUGGCCAAGUAUGGUAAUUGAUACCUAGAAUUUGUGAUCUGCAUUUAACCCAUCCUAGUGCACACAGUGAGUAGUGAACAUACACACACACACAAAGUAGCGGGCAGCCAUUUGCUGUGGCACCAAUGGAGCAAUGAGGGGUUCAGUGACUUGCUCAAGCACCUCAGGUGUUGGUACUGAUGUUGGGUUACAAGUCUGACUUUCUAAACAUUAGGCCACAACUGACAUAAAUUCCAUAUUGGCUAUUGUCAGUUAUAAAGUCAGAAUUUGUGAUACAUGAACUCCUGUGUAGAACUAAGAAAAUAAAUAAAUAAACAUGGAGUGCUUACAAUAAUAUUAUAUCAACAUUCAUGAUGUUCUCUUAUUUUAUAUUGUCUGCACAAUUGUCAAGUACAGUGAGUUUUAUCUGGUUGAUCCAUUUUGUUCCUCCAAGUCCAAAAUGAGCAAGAUCAUGGUAUUGUACCAUCUGAAAUAUAUGUACCGUAUACUGUCAUUUUUCCAGUACUAGUGUGCAACCCUAGAAAGCAACAUCUAUAACACAUAAAGUCUUCAUAUGACCGUU